AUGCAGACGACUUCUUUUUAUUUCAGGUACACCGUGGAGGCCAUCUACGUCCAUGCCGGUACCACCCAGUUAAGCGCCGACUCUGGCGUGGUGGUAGCAGUAACCGACAUAGUCGUUCACGAGGGCUUCGAUGAGAUGGCCUACACGAACGACGUCGCCCUGCUCAAGUCGCUGUCCUUCUCAUCGACCAUACAGGCCGUCUCACUGCCGGCUUCAGGUCAGCAGACAGCCGCCGGCACUACAGCCACCGUGGUCGGCUGGGCAUCAACCGAGUCGUCCUCAUCCUUCGUCAGUGGCCUGAGAAAGGUUGACGUCCCCGUGUGGUCGGACGCAGACUGCGUGGCAACGUAUGAGAACUACUACAUGUAUAUGAGGGAGAACAACAUCUGCGCUGGAGAAUCCGGCAAAGGAAAAUGUGAGUGUGAUGUAGGAGGUCCGCUACUGGUGAACGGGCAGCAGGUGGGAAUCGCCUCCUGGGAUGGUUACGACUGUGCCACGGCAGACUCGCCAGGCGUCUAUGCUGAAGUUUCCUACUACGUCGACUGGAUCAGUCAGAACGCACUGUGA